CUGCCGCAUUCUGGACUAACUGAAGUUUCCGGACUACAUCUGUUGUGUCAGGACCUUGGCCAUCAGAUUAUGUAACCCUUGUGCCUACACCCCCAGGACAAACAAAAGGAAAAUCACCAUUUGAACUGCUGAGAGGACGCAAAGCUACCACCGAACGUACCCAAUGGCACCAACUGAUAGGGUCUUCCAUGCCUUCUCACCCUGCAGAUCGGAUUGAGUUCUGACUCUCAAGUUGGGCUGCUGCUACCAUGAGUGAUUCAGGAAGCCUCGGGAGUGGCUUCAAACCCAGUGCCAGAGCCAUCUAUGAGCAAAGGAAGAAAUAUUCCCAUGUCAUCAUGGCUGAUGUCUCCCAGUAUGCUGUCAAACAUCUGGUGACUUUCGCCAUUGGGGAAGAGGAUGACUUGGCAUCUGUGGAGGAUGCCACAAGGAAACUGUCCAUUAUGGAUGCCCAAGGAAAAAUCUGGGCUCAGGAGAUGCUGCUCCAGGUCAAUGGAUCGGCCAUCAAGCUCUUCGACGUAGACUCAAAGGAGGAGCUGGAGAAUUACGGAUUGGCAGCUGUGGCUCGUUGUGAAGCGGUUCGACCCGAGACACGAUCCCGACCUCUGCUGCUACUUGUGUGUCAGGACCCUGAUCAGCUCAAACCAGACAUCCACUUAUUUGAGUGUGAUAAUAUUGGGGCUGAACUGAUCCGGAAGGACAUUAACAGCGCACUUCUGGACUUCAAGUCAGGGGGAAAUGCCCAGCGGAAAGAGGCACUCCGAGCUACCCAGGACUGGCUUGGCAAUCAGACAGAAAAGGCUCAAGAGACCCUUCCUCAGUCCCCUAGGGAGGUCCCUUCCAGGACAAAGGUCAUCACACCUGCACUGGACCUGACUGGAAAGCAAAUGGAGAAUGGCAACUUGGCAGCGCCGCCUAACCUGAGCUCCCUCCGUGCCGAGCGAGAUGUGGAGCUGCUGAACCAGGUCUUUGAUGAUGUGGAAUUCUUUGUCGGGAAACUGCAGAAAUCCGCUGAAGCUUUCCGUGUGUUGGAUCAACGCAAGCGCUCUGCAAGGGGACGCCGCCGAGAGCCAGGGGAGGGACUCCUGACCCUCCGAGCUAAGCCCCCACCACAAGAGGAGUACGAAGAUGCUCUGGCUAAGAUGAAAUAUUCCUUCAGCCUCCUGGCAAGACUGAAAUCAAACAUCACCAACCCUACCUCAGAGGAGCUGAUACAUUUUCUCUUUGGCCCCUUGAAGAUGGUUGUGGCAACUUCAGGGGGGCCAGAAUUCGCUUCUGAGCUACGCAGCCCCAUGCUGACCCUGGAGGCAGUGACUCUAAUGCGAGGCUGCCUGAAGGAACAGGAAAUGGAGCUGUGGCAUUCACUAGGACAAAACUGGACCAAGCCAAGAGUGGACUUUCCCCGGGACUAUGCAGCUCCUUACACCCCAACUUUCCGGAGUGGCUGGCAGCCACCGCGCCUGGAUCCCUCUGGGCAGCCUUGGGAAGACCCAGUGGAGAUGCAACACCGGCAUGAAGAACGUCGUGCCCAGCAAUCUGCUCCCACAAUUGCAGCCAAUGGAGACAAACAUGCAGAGGACAAGUGGAUGAGCUGCACCUAUGACUUCGUAGCCAGGAAUAGCAAUGAGCUAUCAGUGCUUAAGGGGGAUGUGGUGGAGGUCCUGGAUGACAGCAAGAAAUGGUGGAAGGUUCAGAACAGCUACAGUCAAGUUGGCUACGUCCCCUAUAAUAUUCUCACCCCACUUCCGACUGGGGAUUUUUCCAGCACCCAAAACAACACUACAAUUGCUCAGAUCAAUGGAAAGAGCCCUGUAAUAACCAAGAAAACUCCGCCACAGCCACCACCAAAGAGCAAAGGUCUGUACUCAAACUCAAAUGGCAAAUCCUGGGCCAGCACUGAGAGACUCAACAUGGACGUAAAUGAGCGAGAGCGUUUUGUCAGCGUCAAUGAGGAACUUGCUCUGCGGCUAGCCAACGGGACAACUGGUCGUUGCAAGAGUCUUCAGAUCCAGCGCACUCCAGACACCAGUGUGCCUUUAGGAUACGAUUCAGAUCCUGCUCAGGUCCACGCCUGGCUGGAGGCCAAAGGAUUCCACCCCUUGACUGCAAGUGCUUUGGGGGUUCUGAAUGGAGCUCAGCUCUUCUCCCUGAAGAAGGAUGAGUUCAAAGCUGUCAGCCCAGAGGAAGGAAUUCGAGUCUACAGUCAAGUCACCGUCCAGAAAGCCCUCCUGGAGGAUUCUAGGAAAAUAUCAGAACUACAAGCUGUAAUGGAGAGACAGAAAAGGAAAGUGGAUAGUGUGACUGAGUAGCCAAAGACCUUCUUGUUCUGAUGUGGAAGUGUCCUCUGUUGGCAAAAUGUGGGACUGAAGGGUAACAGGCUCAGAAGCUACGCCGCCAUCCUCAAACUUGACUUAUUACCUGUCCUGCAUUCAUCAAAAUGUGUCUUGUACAGGAACACUGGUUUGAUCUAAACCUUCUUCAUUGAGACCAUCUCUUCCUCAUCUCUGCUCAAGGGAUCAGAAUGUAUCCUGCAUUUUCAAAAUCACCUUUUUUGAGGGACAAUGCAGGGAUAAUAUUUUGGUUCCUUGUCCCUCCUCCCAGAAAUUUUUUUUUUUAAAUGUGGAUUAGUUCCAUCAGCAAUCCCUUUUUAAAAUGGAAGACAUUAAUAUUGUAAUUCUCUCUCUCUCUCUCUCAUAUGCAGAGUAAAAUAACUUUGGGAUGGAACAGUCUCUUUCAGCUAUGGAAUUAUGGAAAUCCAAGAUCUCUUGCCAUCAUCGGAUCCAUUUCCCAGCCCUAAGCAAGAUGUUAUUGGAAAGGAUUUCCUGAUUCUUUGUGUUCUUAUGGUUCACUGUUCUUUCAGUUAAAUCUAAGCUACAGUUAUUGUUGCACAUGUGAUUGGUAAUGCAGUUGCAAUGCAUCUGCAUAAAAUCAUUGGGGUGCGGGACUGUUUGCACAAAUCUAUUUUGCUCAAGGUUACACGGCAUCAUAGGGGUUGAAGUCAAACCUCUGCCUCUACUUCCUUGCAGUAUUGAGCUGGCAGCUCAUUUCUAAGAAAUUAUCUCUCACCUGUCCUCAUAAUUUUAAAAAAAGGUACCAGUGAAAAAAGAGUUUAGUGCAAAAGUAUGACAUUAAAAACCUAUCGUCCUGCACAAAAGACUGCUGGAAAAUGAUGGGGAAAUUACUGCUAUGAAUAUUUAUAUACCGCUCUUCAACCAAAGUUCUCAAAGCGGUUUACAUAGAAAUAUAAAUAAUCCAUCAAUAAGAUGUCCCCCUGUCCCCAGAGGACUCCCAAUAUAAAAAGUAACAUAAGGCAGAUACCAGCAACAGCCACUGGAGGGAUGUUGUGCUGGGUUUGGAUAGGGCCAGUUGCUCUCCCACUGCUAAGUAUAAGAGAGAGGAUCCGUUUUACAAGAUGAUAAUUUCAUCCUUAUGUGGAGGCUGCUCUACCAUGCUGGAGCGCUCACUCCCUAGAGAUAGAAGUCGCUAUUGAGCACUACCAUCACUGGCCACCAGAUGGCAGCUUCUGUUUGAGGCAAACCUAGAUCUCGCUCACAAAUACUUCUGAACAAAUGCCCUUUUCCGACUUUAAUUAUGUGCAUAAAAACGUUGCCAGAUUUUACAGUUCGACCCCUUUGUCUCUGCGUGUACAUUUUUGAGAAAUGUUUGGGCUGAUUCAGCUGUUUUCAAGAACUUUUGUGCAAGAGGAUUUGGUAUUUGAACUUAAAAAGAAAAAGAAAAGUCAAUUUGAUCAUCUUGAAAUAUGCCAUGCUACUCUCUCUCUAUUUGUGGAUAAAGUGUGUGUCUGUGUGGAGGGUGUGUGUUAGGAAUUUAACUGGAUAGACUUUUUUUUCCCCCUGGCAAUUUUCACACAAUUUGUUAACUAAUUUGUGGAAGAACACACAGUGAUUUUGAGCACUUUGGUAUCUGAACUGCUCCCAUUUGAACUUCCUGGUGUUAGCAUUAAGUACAACUUAUGCCAGCAAGUUCUCUUCAGUUUGUUUACUCUUGAUCUGUGCCUUAAGAUUAAUGCUUUGGCAGAAUUUGAGCCAAAUCGCCCACAGCUGUUUUUUCCAAAGGAAAUCAAGUGGAAGGGAAUAUUUAUUUUUAACCCUAUUUAUAUUAACUUAAUGUUAGCUGCCGUUAAUGUUUUGUAAAGAGCAGACUGAUAAUUUACAUUGCUUUCUUUCCAGCUAUAAACUAAUUUUGAGAUCCCCACUUCUAGCAUAGGGGUUGGCAGUUCUUAGCCCCUGGACCAACUUGGGCUUUUUGGAGGUUCCAAACCGCCCCCCCCCCCGCCACUUUGUAAAUUCAAAGUGAAACCAAGUUUAGAGAUAACAGGCUCUGUUGCAAUGGCAGUGCUUUUGGGGAGUGGCAGGAAGGCAGGGAGGGAAAGUUUGGACUACCAUUUUCUCAUCCAACAGGCUGCUCUAAAGCAGUAGUUAGAAAGAGAAAGCAGAGAAGCCAGUUAGUCUCCAAUCUGCAGCCCACAUGUAGCUUACUGAGGUACAGAUUCCUGUAAGAACCAAGAUAAUCUUCUAGUCCUCAUGGUUUCACGAGUAAGUCUCAGAACCUGUUGCUUUCAAGGGGGUUUUGAAUGCUUUAGAAGAGCAGAAUUUAGAAGAUUCCAGAUUAUUCCAGACUAGGCCAGCUUGGUGCAAUGUGAACAAAAUACAUGCUGCCUGGGAGAUAAAUGUACUUGAUCGGCGUGCUCAGUUUAUCAUUAAUUAAGGCUUACAAAUGUAACUCUCAUUUCUAAAUACUUCCUGAGAUAUCUGGAUGUUUUUCUCCUAUAGUGGGAGGUGCAUGAUGGAAGAGCAACAUGUUCACCAAUUGGGGGCUGGCACUCGCUGGGGAAACUAAUUAUAUAAGAAGU